AUGGCCAAGCCAACCAAACGACAAGUCAAAGGGGGUCAAAAGAUCAGGUGUGAACUCUCCGGCUGCACGGUAACAUUCGGUCGGGAUUUCGACAGACUACGACAUGUAAGAGAGAAACAUGGCCCUCCCCUACACUGCCGUAUCCCCGGCUGCCGGUGGAUCGCCAAAAGGAACGGAAGGCUAACGAGGCAUUUGAACAAUGUCCAUGGCGGAGGAGUGUGCACCACUUAUACUGUACCAUGUGAAUUUCGAAUCGCGCCCACGCAGUCUCUGGCGUCUUCUAACUACUUUUCCACCCCAGAUAUCAACCUCAACCCCAAUUUCGACCCCGCUUCCCCUCUCAUACCCAUUCAAUACACAUUCACGCCCCAAGCCGCACCGCUGUUCCAAGCCACACCACAAUUCCCGCUGCCAGACGUCUCUGAAUCCUAUACAGUACUCAACAGCAACGACGCUCCUCCUUCACCAGACGAACACAAUCCCAUUCCAGAUCCAUCAACAGUAUUAAGAACCCGAGCCCAAGCCACACCUCGACGACCUCGCGUUUUCCGACCCUGCCGAGUCCGCCGACAGAAAGCACACUCCACCGCACAACGCACAGAUUCGCCGCUGGCCCAGCACGUCUCUGCUUUGGAUACAACACUCGAUUUCUAUCCGGGGGUGGAGGGAGAAGGUGAUGGGUAUCCAAUUGCUUUUGCGCAGGACGAGGGGCUGCCCUGCACUCCCAGCGUUGAACCGAUUGCUGGUUUCCUUGGGUCUCUUAGUUUGGAUUACUCGACUGACUGGUUGAGUGUGCUUGCCAUCAAUAAACCAACAAACCAACCAACCAACCAAUCAGUCAGUCAGCAAUACCUCCCAAAGUAA